UUUACCUGCAGUUGUUCACUUUUGUUGAAAGUGACCAUGUCUCAAGUUCAAGUGCAAGUUCAGAACCCAUCUGCUGCUCUCUCAGGGAGCCAAAUACUGAACAAGAACCAGUCUCUUCUCUCACAGCCUUUGAUGAGUAUUCCUUCUACUGCUAGCUCUCUGCCCUCUGAAAAUGCAGGUAGACCUAUUCAAAACUCUGCUUUACCCUCUGCAUCUAUCACACCCACCAGUGCAGCUGCAGAAAGCAUAACCCCUACUGUAGAGCUAAAUGCACUGUGCAUGAAACUUGGAAAAAAACCAAUGUAUAAGCCUGUCGACCCUUACUCUCGGAUGCAGUCCACCUAUAACUACAACAUGAGAGGAGGUGCUUAUCCCCCAAGGUACUUUUACCCAUUUCCAGUACCACCUUUACUUUAUCAAGUUGAGCUUUCCGUGGGAGGACAGCAGUUCAGUGGGAAAGGAAAGACAAGACAGGCUGCAAAACACGAUGCUGCUGCGAAAGCCUUGCGGACCCUGCAAAGCGAGCCCCCACCGGAGAGGCUGGAGGUGAAUGGAAGAGAAUCAGAAGAAGAAAAUCUCAAUAAAUCUGAAAUAAGUCAAGUGUUUGAGAUUGCACUUAAACGGAACUUGCCUGUGAAUUUUGAGGUUGCCCGGGAGAGUGGCCCCCCCCACAUGAAGAGCUUCGUGACCAAGGUGUCAGUUGGGGAGUUUGUGGGAGAAGGUGAAGGGAAGAGCAAGAAGAUUUCGAAGAAAAAUGCUGCCAUAGCUGUUCUUGAGGAGCUGAAGAAGUUGCCACCCCUGCCCACAGUCGAGCGAGUGAAGCCCAGAAUCAAAAAGAAAACAAAAUCCAUAGUCAGGCUACAGAGCAGCACAGACUAUGGCCAGGGGAUGAACCCGAUCAGCAGGCUGGCCCAGAUCCAGCAGGCGAAAAAGGAGAAGGAGCCGGAGUACAUGCUUCUGACGGAGCGAGGCCUCCCACGCCGCAGAGAGUUUGUGAUGCAGGUGAAGGUGGGAAACCAUACCGCGGAAGGAACAGGCACCAAUAAGAAGGUGGCCAAACGCAACGCAGCCGAGAACAUGCUGGAGAUCCUUGGUUUCAAAGUCCCACAGGCUCAGCCCACCAAACCAGCCCUCAAAUCAGAGGAGAAGACACCAGUAAAAAAACCAGGGGAUGGAAGAAAAGUAACCUUUUUUGAACCUGGCUCUGGGGAUGAAAAUGGGACUAGCAAUAAAGAGGAUGAGUUUAGGAUGCCUUAUCUUAGCCAUCAGCAGCUGCCCGCUGGGAUUCUUCCCAUGGUGCCCGAGGUUGCCCAGGCCGUAGGAGUCAGUCAAGGACACCACACCAAAGAUUUCACCAGGGCAGCUCCGAAUCCUGCCAAGGCCACGGUAACUGCCAUGAUAGCCCGUGAAUUGUUAUAUGGGGGCACCUCGCCCACAGCCGAGACCAUUUUAAAGAAUAACAUCUCUUCAGGCCACGUACCCCAUGGACCUCUCACAAGACCCUCUGAGCAGUUGGACUAUCUUUCCAGAGUCCAGGGAUUCCAGGUGGAAUACAAAGACUUCCCCAAAAACAACAAGAACGAAUUUGUAUCUCUUAUCAAUUGCUCCUCUCAGCCACCUCUGAUCAGCCACGGGAUUGGAAAGGAUGUGGAAUCCUGCCAUGACAUGGCCGCACUGAACAUUUUAAAGUUGCUGUCUGAGUUGGACCAACAAAGUACAGAGAUGCCAAGAACAGGAAAUGGCCCAGUGUCUGUGUGUGGAAGGUGCUGAACCUUUUCUGGCCACGAACCGUUGUUAAAACCCCAACAUAUAUACUGAAAAUACUGAAACUGCUUUGAGAAUUUGGAAUUUCUGAUACCUCCAGUGGGCUGAGACACGUGCUGGGUAAAGAAGCAGAGGCGGCAGUGGUGACGAAGGCGGGGACGCAAGGAGGCAGCGUGGCUGCGCGUGCGCGGUGUUUUGUGCCACACGCAGGCAGCUGCUUGCUGAGGGGUGCUGCGAGGCCUGCCAAGCGGCCCUGGCUUGACCGGGAAACCAGCAGGCCCCGGCCCCUGGCACCUCGGUGCUCGGCUGUCGUCACCCUUUGGGCCGUGUUAAGGACACAGGAGAGAGCGCGCGCAACCUUUCUCAGACUUGCUCACGCAGACGCUUGGGACAAACCCUGGACACCCACGCUGGGGACAGGGGCCUUAGACCAGCCCCAGAGCCGAAAGCACCAGAGAAAAUCAAAUGCUUCCUACUCGGCACCAACCAUUCUAGUGUGCUAUGGCCCCACCUCCGUGGUGCCCACACCGUCCCCACUGCUUUCUCUUCCAACAGAUACGUACUCUUAGUUUUCUUAUUUUCUUUUGAUUGAAAUGACACUAUAUAAAUUUUCAUUUGAGAGUUUCUCAAUUGUAUCUAGUUACAUAGCACAGUUUAGAAACUUGUCCGAGACUGACCCUACUGGAAAUCUAAUCAGCAGAGAUCAUAUCCAUGUGUAUGUGGUUCCACAUUCUUACUUUGUCAGACUGAGCCAGGACCGUUGCAGCGAUGUGGACGGUGUGCCCUCUGGUUCAGCUGCAACGGUCCUGGACUUGUCAGCAUCCUGGAUGAAGUCUCCCAUGGUUGUAUAAAUUGGACAGUUUAGGAGUUUUAAACUUUAAUGAUCAUUUGUUUCCUUUUCUGUUUUAUUUUUGUUAAUGCAACAGGACUUAAAUGAAUUUUGGUCUUUGUUUUAAAGAUUAUUAAAAAAAAAUUGUGUGUCUAUAUAUACGGCUCUUGAGGACACGUGGCUUUCACACUACAGGAUAUGGUCUCCGUGUAGUACGUCUAAAUCCGCAGAUGGAUUUUCCUGGAGUGCUUUGUACCGCUGUUGCAUCUCCAUGUAGGGCGGCAGAGAGUGGCCUGUGUUGAGCUCCGAAACUGUUGCUUUUGAUGUUGUGUUACUGCGCACAGAAGCGUGUGCGGUAAGGUCCUGCAUAUGGUCCAGAUGAAAAGCACCGUAGUCUUGCGAGUUAAGUACUGCUUUUGUUCGAUUCAUUGUUUACGCUGGAAUUUUAUCUCCCCAUGGAAUGUAAGUAAAACAUAGUGUUUGUCACCAAUAAAUGGUAAUACUAAAUUUUUUUUGUUAAUUUAUUCUCAGAUGCCACUACUGCUAGGUAGGUCCCCUCCCAACCUACCUCCUACCCUUUUUUUUUUUUUAAGGAAAAAACAAAACAAAACU